AUGUCGUCUGAAUGUCCUGAGAAGAACGCAUGGCCGGAGCUUUUGGGAAAAAGGGGAGACUAUGCGGCUUCAGUGAUAGAAAGAGAGAACCCGAGGGUCGAUGCAGUCGUGAUUUUGGAGGGAAGUCCGGUGACUGGAGACUUUAGGUGCGACCGGGUCAGGGUUUGGGUUAAUAGCCACGGGAUCGUCGACCGAAUCCCUGCCUCCGGCUAG